AAUCUGAUCAAGUUGGCAUCACUGACAUAGAGUUAAUUAGGAAUUAGGAUGGCUAAUACUUAAUCCCACAAUAAUACAUAUAUAAUAAUUAUACUUUUACUCAUCUAUAAAUAUAUACUAAAAUAAAAAUAAACCUUUUGGGUAUUUAGUCAUAAAGAAAUUUCUUUUCGACGAUUAAUAAGAGAUCCUACUAUUGAGUUUAAAAGAAAAUGAUGAAAACAGCCAUUUCAGUACUUCAGGAGAUGAUGAUGAAGGCUGGAGAGGUUCCUGAAUAUGAGUGUAUAGGGCAGUGUGGACCUCAACACCAAGCGACUUUCGAAUAUAGGUGCAAGAGCAGCGGCUUGACGGUGACAGCUCGCGCUCGCUCCAAGAAAGAAGCGAAACAGGAAGCGGCGAAGCGGAUGCUGGCCGAGAUGUACGCGCGCGGAGAUGCCGUGCCGCCGCCCUACGCCCGCCCGCCCGAUCCGCCCGGCCUCGCCGACGACCCCGUCGAGCCCGCGCACACGCGAGCGCUGCCUUCCACCUCGAGCGACGGCGCGGCGGCGAGCGGAGUCUCGGUGGACACGCGCAGCUACGUCGCGCUGCUGAAGGAGCUGUGCGAGCAGUAUCACGCGGGAUGUCCCGCCUACGAAGUGGUCGGCGACGCGGGCCCUCCGCACUGUCGGCUCUUCACGGUGGCCGUGAAGCUCGGAGGCCACGAGCGUCGCGCCGCCGCCUCCACGAAGAAGGCGGCCAAGCAGCUCGCCGCCGAGCACCUCUACAAGUACCUGCGGCUGCAUCUGGCCCGCCUCACCGAGGACUUCGUGGAGGAGGACGCGCUCAAUCGGGCGCACGAGAGAGCCAUGGAGCGCUACGUGGAGGAGACGGCGUCGACGUUUCGCCCGCCUCUCGACCAGAAGAUCAGCGAAUACCACUUAGGUCUGUUGAGGCACUUAGACGCGGACAAAGCGGCUUCGGGGCGAGAGGCGAUGGCGGCCAUCACCGAGGACGAGGACCCUGUCAGUGCGCUGCAGACGCUGUGCGCCAAGCUGGGGCUGGGCGUGGCCAGCGAGACGGUCGGCGGCCUGAGCGUGGUGCGAGUGUCGCCGUCCGCGCCGGAGGUGGCGGUGGCCGCGCAGGGCCCGAAGGAGGCCCACGCCGCCGCCCUGCGCUACGUGCGUCGCGCCCUCGCCCACCGCUCGCCCGACGACACUCUGCUCGGCUGCUAAGCGGCCGGAUCCUUCCGACGCGUGCCCAUCGAGAGCGAUGCUCUCGAAGUGUAUCCAUCGGCCCCCGAACGGUCGAUAGUCGAUUCUUGGAGAAGUUUAGACGUGAGCCGUUCGCUAAUUUAUUUUAUAAGGUGUUCGUUAUUAUUUUUAUCAAAUACUUUGCAUUGCAAAUGCGACACGUCACGACGACGUAAUUCUGAUUAAUUAAUAUAAUAAUAAUAAUUAUUACAAACGUCAGUGUCAGUUACUCCAAACGUAUUUUCGAUAUCAAUUGGCCCGCAGAUCUUGGGAGGAGCGAAAAACUCACGACUUUCACACUACGCGAUAGGGAAGUUUUUCCUAUUCCGAGAGAUGCGCAAUUACAAAAACGAUGUUGUAUCGCUCGCCACAGGAAACAAAGUCGUGAAGCACUAUUACGACUGUUUCAAUGUGUUCUCGUUAUGGACUUAAUUUUUUUUCAGUAUUUUUACAAAAUACUUUGCUUAUAACGAACGCGAGGGUGUCCUCAGUCUAUGGAAAUUAUGUUAUGCACAAUGUUAAUAAUGCUCGUUUGAUUAAUUUUAUUGUUGUUCUACAGAAUAGUCAUAAAAGCUGAUAGACAGACAGUUUAAAAACAAAAAGAGCGGUAAUACAUUUUUACGUUCUAGACAUUCAUCAUACCGUCGUCCGUAAUUAUGUUCGACCAGUCAAACAAUCGUAACCGCUCUUCGGUCUAAUUAGAUUAAUUAUUGUAAUACACUUAGUUAUUUUUUUACUACUUAUUGACACUAAAUACAUAACAACAAUGUUUAAAUCGUCAAAUAGGAAAAAAAAUGAUGUUUUGAUAUAUAUUUGUAUAUAUUGUGUAUUUAGUAGUAAUAUAGUAAUGAUAAGUACCUUCUUUUAUGUUUCCUAAAAAAUACGAUUUUGCUUUUACGGCUUUGUUCAAGCGAUAUUUUGAAAAAGUAUAAACU